AUGGUGGGCGGCAUCAUUGCUGAAGGUAUAUCGGAUGUUAUCAUUAGAUUCGAAGGUACCAUUAUUUUCACGGACAACAUCGACACGUGGCCCCGCACAGCCAACGGGCAGGUGUUGGAGUGUUUCAAGUUUGACAACUUUAACAAUGUAACGCUGACCUCAAGUGGACUUGGAACACUGGAUGGUCAGGGCGAAGCUUGGUGGGGUCUGCUAGGAUAUGCAGAGUACCAAGAGAACAGACCAAGGAUGUUGUCAAUGGGCAGCUGUAAAUCAAUACUUCUCGAGAACCUAUUCUUCAAGAACUCACCAUACUGGACUGUUUGGAUCUAUGAUGUCGAUGGUCUAGAGAUAAGAUACAGUCAUAUAUCAAACAGACGAAAUGACUUUGAUGGACAUGAUUACUGGAACUUGUUCGCAUUCAAUACUGAUGGAUUCGAUGUCACUGGAAAGAAUGUUUGGAUACAUGAUUGCUCGGUUUGGAACCAGGAUGAUUGUGUUGCCGUGAAGGAUGGCUCAGAGAAUAUGUUGAUUGAACGUGUCAAUGCAAGUGGACUUGGUUUGACUAUUGGAUCGAUUGGCGGUUCGGAUGUGAGGAACAUUACAUUCAGAGACUGCUACAUGCACAAGACCUACAAGGGUGUUUACGCCAAGUUUAGAGGAUCAGGAUUGAUCUCUGACGUACUCUAUGAGAACAUUGUAAUGUUUGAACCUGAGCAAUGGCCCAUUUGGAUCGGUCCCGCACAACAAUCAGACAAUGUAGACAUAUGUCUGCCACAUCCAUGCAGUCUAUGUUGGCCAGAGAUACCAUUGGCAGAGUGUAACAUGCCAAACAAUGCCAGCUACGUCGACAUCACUCUCAGGAACAUCACAGUGAUCAAUCCAGUCAAGGAGACUGGAGUUAUCAUUGGAAGUGCCACCAACCCAAUGACCAACAUACUCUUUGAUGGUGUGGUAUUCCAAAACUCUGAUGGGCCUGUUGCCAGCUACUUUGCCUGCGAGCAUGUCGCAAGUGGUCUGGCAACUGGUGGCACAUAUCCAGUGCCAUCAUGUUUCCAAUCAUCAUCAUAA